AUGGCGCAGAGUCUGAGCGUGAUAAUGAAAUUAUACGAAGGCAACUUGCUGAAGGAGCAAUGGACAGGGUUGUUGGUGAUCUUCAGUAAAGCUGGUGCAGAAAUUGGUAGAAUUGGUAGUAUCUCAACUGGUGCUGAUAUUAUUCAGAAUGGAACAUGGGAUGAAGACUGGUCUAUAGCUGGUGGUGAACCUGUAGAUAAUGCACCAGCGACAUCUAAUGCUGGUG